UUCGUACCUGUCAUACUGAUGAUGAGUUCAGCAACAGGAGCAGUAGCAAAGGAAAAAGAAGAUACAAGCCAUUAAAUGUCAUGGAACAACCUCGGUACAGCAGCUUUCAUAUUUCUGGAAAAAGAUCCUCCUCUUAAAUCAAGGAAGGACAUCAAGCUGGUUUGCUUUUCAGCACAGGAAGCAUAUCUUCUGGCCAGGCAUGGAAAACAGAGCACCGUAUGGAUGGAAUGGGAACAGCACCAGCAGUCAACCCUUUACAAGGCAGGCAGGGGUUGGGACAUGCUACAGGAGAAGAGGAAUUCUGGAGGUGGUGCUUGCUGCCAGUCUGCCAAGCACUUGAGUGUGUGAACUUAUUGAAGACAUUUUUUGAUGAGAGAAAGAAGAGGAUACUUCCCAGAAGAAAAUAUAUAAGUUCCAAAUUUUGGCCAAGCCCUAGUAUGUUUGGGUAGCUGUGUUGGGUCUUGCUCAUCAUUUCAAAUUGUUGUCUUUCAGGCUGCACUCUUGCCCAGCUGACUUAUACUGUGCUGCGACUUUGUUAUUUCUCAAAACCACUGCCCACUUUCCAUACAGCUGCAUUGGUUGGUAAGAUCCAUCUUUCACAUGCACACAGGAGGUGAAAUCUUGCAUUCUUCUCUGGGCUUAGAUUCAGUGAAGAACAGAACAGGCCAAGGAAGUCUUUAAGCAAAGCUCUGCCUGUAUAUGAGUGGAAAAAAUACCUUUCUGAUUGGCUUGGAGAAGAAUUCAUACAGAAAGUAUAAAAAUCAUCCCGGUACCCACAGGGGGUUCUGUUUUCCACAGUCAUUGCAGAAUUGUGAUUUUCAGUCCUUUCUUUCUCUUUGCAGUGGCAGCCCCAUGGCCCUCUUCACCAGAGCCAGCAGCCAUCCUAACGCAACAGACCCCAUUCCCUGUGGGGCAAACAGCACCACAGAGCCUGGGCUGCCCCAUUCACACGCCUACUACGCCCUCUGCUACUGCAUCUUGAUUCUGGCCAUCAUCUUUGGGAACGUGCUGGUGUGCCUGGCUGUGCUGAGGGAACGCACCUUGCAAACCACGACCAACUACCUCGUGGUGAGCCUGGCAGUGGCAGAUUUGCUGGUGGCUACUUUGGUGAUGCCAUGGAUGGUGUACUUGGAGGUGACCGGAGGGGUUUGGACGUUCAGCCGCAUCUGCUGCGAUAUCUUCGUCACCAUGGAUGUAAUGAUGUGCACAGCCAGCAUUCUGAACCUCUGUGCCAUCAGCAUUGACAGAUACACGGCAGUGGUGAAACCAGUUCAGUACCAGUACAGCACUGGGCAGAGCUCCUGCAGGAGAGUCUCUCUCAUGAUUGUGAUAGUUUGGAUGCUGGCAUUUGCAGUGUCAUGCCCUCUCCUCUUUGGCUUCAAUACUACAGGGGAUCCCAGUGUCUGUUCCAUAUCCAACCCUAGUUUUGUCAUCUACUCCUCUUUGGUGUCCUUCUACCUCCCGUUCAUGGUGACCCUGCUGCUCUAUGUGCGGAUUUACCUCGUGCUCAGACAGAGGCAGAAGAAGCGAACCCUCACGUGGCAGGGCAGCCAGAGCGCCAGCACCAAACCGUGCUAUGCACGCCAAGAACACAUGGAGAGGAAAGCUUUGCCAAACAGAUGCCAAGGCACUUUUCCCCCCCGUCUCUCGCUCAAAUGCGCAGGCCAGGAGAUGUCCACAAAAAGGAGGCUGCUCGCUGUGUUCGGCCUGCAGCGGUACCGGAGCUUCUGCCACGAGGCAUCCCUCACCAAGGCACCAGGGACUGCCCAACCCAGCCGGUGGGAGGAGAGGAGGAGGAGCGCGAAGGCAGCAGUGCAGGUGCGGAGGCUCAGCAAUGGUGGAACCAUCAGCAGCUUGAGGCUGGCCCAGCAGCAGCCCCGGCUGAUCCAGCUGCGGGAGAGGAAGGCUACGCAGAUGCUGGCAAUUGUCCUGGGGGCAUUCAUAGUCUGCUGGCUGCCCUUCUUCUUGAUUCACAUCCUCAAUGCCCACUGCCCAUCCUGCCAUGUGCCUCCAGGGCUCUACAGUGCCAGCACCUGGCUCGGGUACGUCAACAGUGCCCUCAACCCCAUCAUCUACACAACCUUCAACACUGACUUCCGCAGAGCCUUCCUCAAGAUCCUCUGCUGCUGACUGUGGGGCUGCACGGCUCUGCAGCAGCGCCCUGGGAGGGGAAGCAGCCAGGGACAAGGCAGUGAGUCCCUCAGUGCUGGACACAGCCCCGGGUGUGCAGCACAUCAGCCAGCACAGGGCAUCGCUGCUGGGCGCUGACAGGCUUGCAGGGCACACGCGACCCAAACGCAGAUGGCAUCCCUCAUCUCUGCUGCCUAAAUGCUGGAAAUGCAUUUGCCCUCCCAGAGCUGCAGCCUCAGCCUGCAGAAGGCACCCAGCUCAUGCACAGCAGUCCUAAUAAGAGGACAGAAUUUGAAUUCUUUGAUAAGGAUCCUGAUCUCUUCAGUCAGGAGCCAAGAGUGAAAAUUGGACAACGAAACUUGGAAAAGGAGCACUGAUGGAAGAAGAACAACUUUCCUGUUGUUUCCAUCAAAAGGUUUGCCUGUAAAACUGGGUCAGUCUAAGUGCUUGAGAAAAUCGCCCUAGUUGCAAAUGAAAUCUUCCUUUGUGCUGCCAGCUUGUAUUUUACUGUUCCUUGCAAGGUAGAGAGGUGGCUGCUCUCCCUCUGGUAGUCAGCUCACAUGACAAGUGCAGCACUACCCCAGGGUCCCCUCUCCUCCUGACCCAAGGACCAGUGAUAGAUUGGCCAUUACUUAACUACCACACACGCCAGUGAUGUACAGGGGCCACCAAGAGAGACAGGCUCUUGAUAGCUGCCAUAGAUUCAAACCUGUUUUUUCAGCUGGUUGCAUGCACCCUGUCUCCAAACUUGUUCACAGUCUUCACCUGUGCUCCUCUCCUGACAGGAGCACUGCUAGAUUUGGGGUUUGUACCACCUGGCUGCUGCAAUAACUCCAGUUACAGCCCAUACCUGGGGGACAGCUGUUUCAUAACAUUCCUCCCAGUAAGAAGGGACAUUUGCCUUGGGAUCAGCUCCAGGACUCUCCCUGACGCCCCUUGCCAAUACUCUUGUCAUCACACAUGGCUUCUGUAUAUCCCAGCAUCCAGGAGCUGGACAAAUACAGCCUGGCCAUUGUCUCCUUUCCUAGCAGUAUUCUACAAAGCCAUCUCCAGUAGUUCCUGGGUGAAAAAACCAGAAAGUCCUGAUGUACCGUAAGCUGGUCUCGUGUCAGGGCAUUCUAAUGCUCUUACCCUCAUAUAGACAAACCUGGCGUGGGCCAGAGAGCCUCAGCUUGGCUCUCGCCUUUUGCUCCCCUGCUGUACUGGAUCAGAGUCUUCAGCUCUCACUGCCAGGACUUGGCUUAGUUGUGCUGUCAGCCAUGCUCGUUUGGUAGCUUUGGGCAUAACUCUGUGUGCUGCUCCUGCCUGUGUCCAUGCCACAGCUUCUCCAUCUGGGAAGGCCUUCCUUUCCUUCCUAAUGGGAGGCCUAGGCCAUUGUUCUCUGCCUCCAGAGCACAUGCCAGAGCUCUAGCUGCUGCUUUGGUUUGUCUGGGUUUUGGGAGGAGGAUCUUGUGGAGAGCAUGUGUCAUUUGCCUGGGCAGGUGCCUUCCAUACUGCAUUGUAACUGCCUUAACCCAAUAAAACACAAGUGUAAUUGGAA